AUGCGCGUCUCCUUCUCUUCCACCAUGGCCGCUGUGGCCGGCCUUUGGUCGCUGGCCAAUGCCAACACCACGCCCGUCUCCGACAAGGAUAUGAACGACCUGCUCAACGAGGGCGGUGUUUCGCUGGCGAUGAAGGCGGCGCCCAUGUUCUUCUUCGGGCAAGCUUUGAAUCAUCCGCCGUGCAUUCCUACGUUUGCCACCGACAAGAGCAACAGACAGACUCCGCCGGCAGACCUGUGCGACUGGCCCGACACGGGCUGCAACUGUCGCACUCCUGGCGUGCCCAUCGGUAACCCUUCGCCGUCUUUUCCAGUCUAUUACUCGUACCAAAAGUGCACGGAUACCAGCGUCCGCAUCCAGUACUCUCUGUUUUACCAAAAGGACGGAUUCAAUCCCACCAAAGUCUUUGGUCACCACUAUGACUGGGAGCGUGUUCUAGUCAUCUGGAAAAAGUCCGACGACGGCCUGUGGCGCCCGGCAGAGAUCAAGCUAUCGCAGCACAGCGGUUACCAGACUCUGGAGUGGGAUCAGAUUCAAAACACCUUCAGCGAUGACACUGCUGGUGAGAAGCUGGGCGGACCCAACGGACAGAAGAACCUCAACCACGCCAAGGUCUAUGUCGCCUGGUCCAAGCACGAUCACCACAAUGACCGCAACACGGGCUUCAACGAUGCUCUAUCGCAGCUCACUAACAAUGCCUUCCGCUCCCAAGACUGGUGGUAUCUACCGCAGAGAGGUGACUACAUUCGCGCCGACGGAGGCACCGAGAUUGGCCGCCUGAUGAGAGGCAUGGAUUGGGGCGAUGCCAGCUCCAACCCGGCUCUUGUUCACGACAGCCUCUGCUCGGCUUGA